UGUACACUGGGAUGGAUGACGCCCUCUGACCCGGAAGUGGAAAGACAGGAUUCUCUCCAUUCUACUCCCAUCUGUUAUAGUUCAGCACUCUCUCAUCGGAUUGAUCAAAUGGCGAGUACGGUCCUUGGCGUGGGCACGGGGGUGUUUGUGAUCGCGGCGCUCUGGGUUGUCACCCUGCUGCUGUGUGUUCUGUUCUCCCGCACGUCUGGGGCGGCCCGAUUGCUGAGUGUUGCGUUCUUCCUCCUGGCGCUGAUCAUCACUCUGGUUCUGAUCUUCUUCCCCCGAGCGAGUGAGACUUCCACCACACAGAAAGAGGUUCAGAUUGUGGACACGUUCUUCAUCGGCCGCUACGUCCUUCUGUCUGUCAUGAGCCUCAUCUUCCUGGCCAGCGUCUUCCUGUCCCUCCUGUAUUACGUUCUGGAACCCGUAUACGCCAAACGCCUUCGCACCCACUAAUUCGGGAUUUCCAGAUAAACCUCUCUCCGUCUCCUGAGGGACCAGAUUGCGAGUCUGUGAAACGCGUAGGGGAGGCGAGUCUGUGAAACGCGUAGGGGAGGCGAGUCUGUGAAACGCGUAGGGGAGGCGGCCCUUAUUCCACUGCUUGGACUACAAAUACUUUGGCAUAUCAUCAUGUGUGUAUAUUGGAUGUAGUAGUGUAAAGAGAGAGAAUAGGCAGAGGGAGAAUUGUUGCCGAAUGGCCUUCAGAAUGGUCCGUUGACCUUCAUUGUAUCUAUUUUUAUAUUCAGUUUUUUUUUAAGAGUUUUUGAUUAAUAAAAAAAUAUAUAUAUUUUUCAGUAUUUAUUGCCUUGGUGGGUAUUUCUCUAGCACCUUAAAAGUCCUGUUUUGUACGAUGUGUUGGUUGCUCUAAGAUAAAGGACAUUUCCAGAAGCUGGAAAUAAGACAAAAGGUAAUUAACCCCUCG